GAGAUCACGGCUCAGCCGGGCGUCACCACGCAGAUGUACGCCGUCUCGCGCUUCACAGUAGCUGCCGGGCUACUGUCGCCCUGGAUCUCCCAAGCCUCUUCGCCGAAAGUGCUUGCUCGGGCUGUGGAGUGCGGGGCAUGGAUCGCCUUCGGCUACAUCGGCCAGGCCGUUGGGCUCAUGACCACCACGGCCUCGAAGUCCUGCUUCAUCUGCACGCUAAACGUGGUCUUCGUGUCGCUGAUUGUGGGCAUCACCAAGAAGAAGUUCGAUCCGCAGACGGUGAUGGCGGCUGCGCUUGCCGUCACCGGCGUCGGGUUUUUAGAGUUGGCGGGGUCGCAGCAGUUCGUCAUCGGCGAUCUGAUCUCCCUCGCCAUGCCCGUCGGAUUCGGCAUGGGAUACAUUCGGCUGGAGGAGAUCAUGGCUGAGAACCCCAAGGAUGCCCUGCCUGUGACUGCCGUGAAGUUGGGAGUCGUGGCAGUGGCCUCCUGGGCAUACUACGCGCUCACCACCGGUUCCCCAGACCUCGAGCCGGUCCUUGCCUCGUCUACGGCACUGACGGGCAUUUUGUAUACUGGGCUGGUCACCACUGGUUUGGCUCUGGUGGUGGAAUCUGUAGCCUUCCGUUUCAUCGAUGCCACUUCGGCGUCAGUGAUCUUCACCACGGAGCCCCUCUGGGCAGCAAUCUUCGCUGUUUGGCUGAUCAACGAGCCCUUCUCGGCAGUGGAUGCCAUCGGAGGCGCGUUGGUCAUCGGCGCGAACGUGAUCAAGGAGUUGCCAGAGGAGAGCCUCCCUUGGAACACGGCGACAAGAGCGGCGAAGACCGCCGACUGA